AUGGCAUCCGCCACGAAAUCCAAUGUCUCCUUCACAGCAAUAUUUCCUCUGUUUUUUCUCCCCCUCGAGAAUACCAUUUCCGUCUACAAUCCAAGGAGGAUGCUGGGAAAAUCGUUGGCUUCUCCUUUGCUGACAUUUUAUUCCACAGUGGGCAUCUGCUCUUUUCCUGAUUCUGGCUCAGCAGCCCCAAAUAAUCCACCAGUAAGUGUAAAUGUUCGAAACUGUGUUCCUCUAGAUGUUUUAGGGGGGGCUCGGAUAACAACAUUUGCAUCAAGGAGAUGGGAGUUACAUUCAACUGCUGAAAUUCAGGAUGCAGUAUUGAGUGAUGAAGAUAAAAAAAGGUGGGAAUCGUGUACGCAAGCUCUGGCUGCAUUCGGGUUUACAAACGAGGCAGCAGAGAAAACACUAGGCAAAGCAUUUGGCCAGAUUCAUUCUCCAUACUGGGGCGAAGAACGAAAAAAGGAAGUGCCAAGGAUUGAGAUAGUAAAUGAAAUACUGAAUUAUUUGAAGGGUUUAGGCCUUACGGAUGAUGAUCUUGGCAAACUUAUGAAGAAAUUUCCCGAGGUACUUGGAUGUAGCCUCGAAAAUGAAUUGAAAACCAAUGUACAGAUUUUAGAGAAGGAAUGGGGAAUCAAAGGGAAAUCUUUGAGAAACCUCCUCCUUCGCAAUCCAAAAGCAUUGGGCUACAAUGUUGAUUGCAAGGGAGAUUGCAUAGCACAAUGCACCCGCUGCUGGGCUCGGUUUUAG